AUGGCAUUACUGGACGAACAAGUGAAAUCCGAGCUUACCAAAAUGCAAGCCUUCAUUGAGAAGGAAGCAAAGGAAAAAGCAAAGGAGAUCAAGUUGAAAGCAGAUGAAGAAUACGAAAUUGAAAAAGCAUCAACUGUGAGGUUGGAAACGUCUGCCAUUGAUGCCACUUAUGAACAAAAAUUGAAAAAAGCAAGCUUGGCUCAGCAAAUUACAAAGUCGACAAUUGGUAACAAGACUAGGUUGAAGAUUCUUGGAGAAAAAGACCAAAUAUUGAAUCAGAUAUUUGACGAGGCUGAGAAGGAGUUGCAUAAUAUCACCAAAGACAAGGCCAAGUACAAGCCAGUUUUGGUUGGAUUGAUCGAAGAAGGCAUUUUGACUUUAUUGGAGGACAAAGUAAGUGUUAAAGUGAGAGAGGUCGAUGUCGACCUUGCGAAGGAAGCUGCAAAGGAAGCUUCCAAGAACUACGAGGAAAAGACUAAACAAAAAGUUGACGUCUCAGUUGAUGAAAAAGAUUUCUUGAGCAAAGAUAUCGCUGGUGGGGUGAUUAUUGUAAAUGGUACUGGUAAGAUUGAAGUUGUAAACACUUUGGAAGAGAGAUUGAAGAUAUUGCAAGAAGAAGCAUUGCCUGCUAUCAGACUAGAAUUAUUUGGUCCCUCACCUACAAGAAAGUUUUUUGACUAG